CAACUAAAAAUUUUAAUUCACCAACUUUUUUAGAAUUGCGCAUUUUUAUUGUUGUACAAUAUGCCGUCAACACUUGUAGAAUUGCGACCUAACCGACGCCUCUUAGAUCAUGAAUUCGAAGGUUACAAGUUAAAUUUACUGGCGCUGCCACAUUACACACAUGAUCUUGUUUCUCCCAUUGACAAACUUUACCCAGACGAAGUGCAAUACUCCUUCGUGCACGCUAAACUCUUCGCGCUCCAUAACCACCUUGUGAGCGAUGACUGGGACUAUUCCUACAAUUGUUAUUACAUCGAUAAGAAACAGCAAGUGCGGCAUAUUAUGUUCGAAAGUACAAACCAUACGUUCCAUAAUACGGUUGUUUACGAUGUCCCAGCGCAUGUUCAGAGAAAAUCUGGUCAUUUCAACCUGUGUCUUGCGUUUCCAUCUGCCAACUUAGCGAUCGUUAGUGAUGGCACAGGGUACCUGCACAUAGUCGAGACCGGUUCUAGAAAUAAACCAAGCCCAAAUCAGUGGCAGACAAUGCACUCUAAUCUUGUACUUGGAGAAAAUAAAUACUUCAUUAUCAUUGAUUCAAGAAUUCAUGAAAAGAAUAAUAAAGAAUCACUCCACUGCCUCCUUCAAUCAGUUGAACAGAAUGAGAACCACUUCUUCUCAGUUCUUACUUGGGUUACAUUUCAACAUGAUGGCAACUGGAAGCAAACAAGCUUAAGGCAAGCUCAAGGUAAAGGCAUAGUUCAUUAUGCGGCCAUUGAGACAAGCUGUACUGCACUGUACAUAGCAUCAGAUAAUCCUUUCAAAUUUACAACAGAUUCAGAAAUGGAAAUCAAAGAACCAUCUAUAGAAACAGAACAACAAAGAAAGAUUAUUUAUACUUGGUUGCAGACUACAGAUGACAUUACAGUUACAUUGAAACUUCAGCCAUUGUGUGACAAAAACCUUUUAAAUAUUAGUGUUACCCCUUUGACCAUCAAAAUUAACUAUGCUGACAAAACUUUUGUUGAGGGCAAAUUGAGGUAUAAAGUAGACUGCGAAUUGACAACAUGGAAUCUUCAAGAAAAUGGCCAACUGGACAUUUUAUUGACUAAAACAGACAGCAUGCUUUGGGAUGAAUUAGUAGAAGGUGGAGACAAAAAUGGAGAGCAAAUCUUGGAUGCUAGUUUAGUGGAAGAAGCUCAUCAAAGAUUAGCUCAUUUGUGCUCGGAAACUGAAGUCACUGUUGACCAGUCUGCACCUGGGUUCUCUACCCAGGAGUUGGAAGAGUGUGAUGCUGCUUCGGAAGAGGAUACUGUGUUGGUACGUCUGGACACAACCAAUCAUGAAAUAACACACAGAAUUCCACUUAGUGUUCAUCAAUACCUGUUUAAAAUAAAACUGGAGACAAAUGAAGUGCCAGCAUUGGCCUUACGUCAUGAUGUUGAUGCUUGCAUAUGGCAGCCAUUUGCACAGCUUGUCAACUCGGAUACUUGGCCGGUGAAACAUCAAGGGACUCUCCUUGCCUUCGGUUAUGUACAGUCAUCAAAACAAAACAGAAAAUUUGUCACAUGUCCACCAAAUUUCUCUUACAGUGUUGUCUGUGAAGCCACUAGACACAUUUUCAUUUAUAGAAGUUCAGGUAGCCAAGAUUGUCAGCUAAGAAAGCGUACUAGUGGUGCAAUGAAAACAGUGAAAAUUGGACAACAGCAUGUCUUCAACAUUGAUAAAUUUGGAGAAGUGUUAGGAAUCAAUGCUACAAAUGAUUACUUAUUCUUAUUAACUGAGAGUACGCUUUUAGCUGUAGGGUUGCAAUGACGUUGCUCUUCUUUU